AAAUGACUUUAUCUGAAACCCUCUGAAAACUCAAAAUUUUUUUUACUAAAACUUGGCAGUUUCCGUACACGAGAGAACAACUCUUUUGACCUUCAAAUGAUUUCACUGUGAGGUUUGGAGAGAGAUGUAUUUGAUUUUUUCUGUGGUUUUUGCUAGGGUUUAAUGGUCAUUGUUGCUUUAUAAUCAGUUGACGGGUGAAAUCGUUUUUUUUUUUUAAGCUUUUAUAGUUUAUUGAGGCAAAUAUCGAUUUUUAGGGCUUGUAUUGAAGCUCGAGGAGAUUUUACUGCGGUUUAAUGGUGGUUACUGUGCAGUGAUUGAUUAGAAGCUGAAAGCCGUGUGUGCAAAGCUUGAGAAAGUAUAGUAUUGGAAGAUCGAUGCGUGGAAGGAGUCUAACUCGAGUUUUUUAUAUGUUUUAUGAGGUUUUCGUGAUUUUUUUUAGUGGAAUAUGUGUUUGUGAAGCUUCAAAGGUUUGUUUGGGUCAAGGAUCAAGUUGCAGAAAGAGUAGGAUUCUAAUUUCUCAAGCUCUGAUUUCUUUAUGAAGAAUUGAAGCCAUUUUUCUGGUAUUGUAAGUGAAGUUAUUGCCUUUGAAGCUUCACUAAUAUUCGGACUCACUAAUAUUUGGACAAGGAUCAAUUCAGUGAAAGGACUUGGAUUCAUUUUCCAUUGAUUUUACUAUUCUUGUCAAAAUAUGGUAUUACUUCAGAGGUUUCUUUAAUCAAUUAGCAAAGAAGGAAUUUGCUGAUAUCCUUCAAUACUUCUCUGUUGAAUUUCAUUUUUCUUGUUAUGUUCUGAAUUUAUUCUUAAUAUCAAGGAUCAGUCGAAGAAGGGACAUUUUGAUGCAGUGAAGUGUUUCUGUGUAGUUGAAGUGUGAUUUAGGGUCACCAUUAGGCACCUAAGGUUUUUUAGCUGGCUUUAGGAUUUCAAGGUUACCUGUGAUACUUGCUCUAGGUUUAUUUUGUCUGAGGAAAGCUGGAUAUUUGUUGAAGAGUUUCAGUAAAAGAUCCACAAGCCAAAGGAUACAUUUCCAUUUCUAGGGUUUUGUGGGCAUUCAAUAGUUUGAUGUUAUGAGGUAAUCACUGGCUUCAAUUUCCCUGGUGUGAAUUUCAAAGUUUUCUGGGAAGAGAGACCUGUUUUAUGGUGGAGGCUGCUUGGAAUUUUUGAAGGUCCAAGCAUCUCCACUUAAACAUAUCUGGACCUAGUUUAAUUUUAUUCUCAUUUACUCAAAGCGACCAAGUUUAGUUUCCAAUGGUAUUGUAGUGUGAUGUCUAUUUUUAUAUCAGAUUUAUGAUUCUUUGUCCAAUUGAUCACAGUUGGAUUUGGAUAAAUCAAAGCACAACUGAACAUAAUUGAUUCCACUGCAUAUGCAUUGGUUGUUGGGUUAUGGUCUUAUGGAAAGGGAGGUUUUUCUGAUAGUAUGAAGAUUUCCCAUCAUAGUAUGUGAAAUGGUAGAGGCUUCUUCAAAGUUUGCUUGCUCCUCUUAUUAAGGUUUCUCAUUGGUAAUUUUGGUAUUUUUUUUUAGCAGCAUCAGCCAUAAUUCCUUUGGGAAGAGGAUAAGUUACUUGUAAGGAAAUGCAAGUUUCAGUCAUGGAAAACGAACGGAAGCCCAAAGAUUUUCAGGCCCUAAAAUCUUUGCCUAUUGAUUUUAAGUAUGCAGAUUCAACUGGGUUUCAUCCUAUUGAACAUAGUGAAGGAGGUGAUCCCUAUAACUCUGAGAAGGUUUCAGAUCUUUAUGAGAAUGGUGGGUAUUCAAAGGAAGAUGUGUUGUCUAGUCAGGGCAUGGAAACUGUGAGCGAAACAGAUCAAAAUGAUGAGGAUUCACCAUAUAGAACAAAAAUGAGCAAGCUUGCUGAAGUUUCUUCAGAAAAUGAUGAGAAUUCUGUUUCUGGUUCACAAUUGUUCCUUCCAUCGCUAGAUGAAUGCAGGUGGAGCGACAAAAGUGUUUAUGGUGGGAAGAAGAAGCUUCGGGUUUGGUGUCAACUUCGGAAUGGCCAAUGGGAACUAGGAACAGUGCAGUCAACUUCAGAGGAAGAGUGUACCAUAAUAAUGAAUGGAAAAGUUGUGAAUGUCCAUCCUGAAUAUCUAUUACCUGCAAAUCCUGAUAUUCUCGUGGGUGUUAAUGAUCUCAUGCAACUUAGUUAUCUAAAUGAGCCAUCAGUUUUGCACAAUCUUCAAUACAGAUAUUCCCAGGACAUGAUAUAUACUAAGGCAGGUCCAGUCUUGGUUGCAAUCAAUCCUUUUAAAGCAGUCCCUUAUUAUGGAAAUGAUUAUAUUGAAGCGUAUAGGAGGAAGAAGAUGGAUGAUCCUCAUGUCUAUGCCAUAGCAGAUUUGGCUAUACGUGAAAUGAUGAGAGAUGAAGUGAAUCAGUCAAUUAUUAUAAGUGGUGAAAGUGGGGCAGGAAAAACUGAGACAGCAAAGAUUGCAAUGCAGUACUUGGCUGCACUUGGAGGUGGAAGUGGAAUUGAAUAUGAAAUUUUGCAGACUAAUCCAAUACUGGAGGCCUUCGGAAAUGCAAAGACAUUAAGAAAUGAUAAUUCUAGUCGAUUUGGCAAGCUGAUUGAAAUUCAAUUCAGCGUGACUGGAAAAAUUUCUGGUGCCAAUGUUCAAACCUUUCUGCUUGAGAAGUCCAGAGUAGUUCAAUGCACAGAAGGAGAACGGUCUUAUCACAUUUUUUAUCAGCUAUGUGCUGGAGCUCCUCCUGCUCUUAGAGGGAAACUGAGGUUGAAGAGUGCUAAUGAAUACAAUUAUUUGAAGCAGAGCACAUGCUUUGAAAUUGAUGGUGUUGAUGAUGCCAAAAAUUUUUGCACAUUGAUGGAAGCCUUAGACAUUGUUCAUGUUAGUAAAGAGGAUCAGGAUAAUGCAUUUACAAUGCUUGCUGCAGUCCUCUGGCUAGGAAACAUUUCAUUUCAAGUGAUUGAUAAUGAGAACCAUGUUGAAGUAGUUUCAGAUGAAGCUUUGAAGAAUGCUGCUGACUUGAUUGGAUGUAGUGUUGACAACCUUGUUUUAGCCUUGUCUACUCGUAAAAUCCAAGCUGGCAAUGACGCUAUAGUUCAGAAGCUAAAAUUGCCACAGGCCACCGACACAAGGGAUGCAUUAGCGAAAUCGAUCUAUGCCAGUUUGUUUGACUGGCUAGUGAAGCAGAUAAACAAGUCACUGGAAGUUGGAAAACGGCGGACAGGCAGAUCCAUCAGUAUCUUGGACAUAUAUGGUUUUGAAUCCUUUCAUACAAAUAGCUUUGAACAAUUUUGCAUAAAUUAUGCUAAUGAGAGACUGCAGCAACAUUUCAAUCGACACUUGUUCAAGCUGGAACAAGAGGAAUAUAUCCAAGAUGGCAUUGACUGGACAAAAGUUGACUUUGAAGAUAAUCAGCAUUGCCUGAAUCUCUUUGAGAAGAAACCAUUGGGCUUACUUUCCUUGUUGGAUGAAGAGUCGACUUUUCCAAAUGGCACUGACUUGACCUUUGCAAACAAGCUCAAGCAGCACCUAAGUUCUAAUGCGUGCUUCAAAGGAGAAAGAGGCAAAGCAUUUGGUGUUGCCCAUUAUGCAGGAGAGGUUUUAUACAACACAAGUGGAUUUCUUGAGAAGAACAGGGAUUUACUACACUCAGAUUCAAUUCAGCUUCUAUCAUCCUGCAGAUACAAACUUCCUCAGGUAUUUGCGGCCAAUAUGCUUAACCAAUCGGAGAAGUCAUCAGGUCAAUUAUGGAGGUCCACUGGAGUAGAUCUUCAAAGACAGAGUGUUGCUACAAAGUUCAAGGGUCAACUAUUCAGAUUGAUGCAGCGUCUAGAAAGCACCACACCCCAUUUCAUACGUUGUAUUAAACCAAACAACAUGCAACUUCCUGGCAUCUAUGAACAGGGUCUUGUCUUACAGCAAUUAAAAUGUUGUGGAGUCCUGGAAGUUGUUCGGAUAUCAAGAUCUGGUUAUCCUACACGAAUGACUCACCAAAAGUUUGCAAGAAGAUAUGGUUUUCUUCUUUUGGAGGAUGUUGCAUCUCGGGAUCCCCUUAGUGUCUCUGUUGCAAUACUUCACCAGUUCAAUAUUCUCCCUGAUAUGUAUCAAGUUGGUUAUACAAAAUUGUUCUUCCGAACGGGACAGAUUGGAGUUCUUGAAGACACAAGAAACCGGACACUACAUGGCAUCUUAGGGGUGCAGAAAUGUUUUAGAGGUCACCAGGUUCGCGGCCAUUUCCAAGAGCUCAAGAAAGGAGUCGCAGUACUACAAUCAUUUGUGAGGGGUGAACGAGCAAGAAGGGAGUACGAGAUUUUAAUAAGGAGACAUAGGGCAGCUGUCGUUAUCCAGAGGGAAGUGAAGAGGAAGGUUGCUAAAAAACAUUUCACUGAUUACCGUGACGCAGCAGUUGUGAUACAGUCUGUAAUUCGCGGAUGGUUGGUGAGAAGAUGCUCUGGAAAUCUUAGUUUGCUCGAGUUAACCAUGAAAAUGAAUGGGCUAAAGGAUUCAGGCACAGAACUGAUUACCAUGAAGGCAUGGGAGUUGGCUGAGCUCCAAAGGAGAGUGGUGAGAGCUGAGGCAUCUUUGAGAGAGAAAGACGAGGAGAAUGAGUUAUUGCAUCAGAAGCUCCACCAAUACGAGUCUCGAUGGUCUGAAUACGAGUCCAAGAUGAAAUCAAUGGAGGAAGUUUGGCAAAACCAAAUGGGCUCACUCCAAACCACAUUGGCCUCAGCCAAGAGGAGCCUCGAGGGGGACGAGGGGUGGAACUUUGGCAUUUCUCCAGGGCAAAAGAAGGAAGAGGCAGCUGGUUCUCGGCAUCUAGAGAGAGAAAUGAGUGCUGGCCUUAGCGUUAUUGAGCGUUUGGCCGAAGAAUUCGAGGGGAGAAGGAGAGUGUUUGGUGAUGAUGCUGAUUUCUUAGUGGAAGUGAAAUCGGGUAGAGCUGAGGCUGGUUUGGACCCUGAUAUUGAGUUGAGGAAGCUUAAGAGAUUGUUUGAUGCAUGGAAAAAGGACUACAACUCACGGUUGCGAGAGACCAAGUCUGUGCUGCAUAAGCUCGGGAAUGAGGAAGCUCAGGCCGAGAAGGCAAGGCGAAGGUGGUGGCUUAGGAGGAGCAAUUCAAGAGUGAUGUGACUCUCUCUCUGGUUCAUGAGCAAUGCAAGGUAAAGUGAUAUUUCUCUCUCCUUGGGUUAGGAGAGAUUUUAGAGGAGUAUGAUACAAAGGUAAUCUUUUUGUAAGUGAGUAGCUUGGAUGGACAGCUUUGCCCUAAAGGGCUCAAGUUGUUCAUAUUUGUGGGGUGUGAUCAGUAUUGUGGUGUGGGAAAAUAUAGUGGAAAAUAUUAUACAAAAGUUUGUGGUUUUGUCACCUACA